CAUAACAACUCUGGUAUAAAGCAGUUUGUUGAAAAUCGCCCUCGAGAGAGGUUAAAAGGUUCAAGGAGCAGGAAGAACUCAAAAACUGGCAGAACACUACAGAGUAAAGAUUUUUACUCAGAGGUAGAGUUUUGUCGCUUUAAGAUGGAACUUAACGAAACUCCGGGGUUCUCUUUAGCAAAAAGUUUUAUGGUAAACUAUAAUAAUCAUAUACAUUCACCUAACAUUGAUAAGGCAGGAGCAAUUGCUGGAUUUGUUGUUGACGCUUCCUUGUAUCCUUUAGACACUUUAAAAACUCGUUUGCAAUCUUCUCAAGGAUUCAUAAAUUCGGGUGGCUUUAGACAAAUUUAUAAAGGGGUAUCAAUAAAUAUCAUGGGCUCCGCUCCGAGCGCUGCCCUAUUUUUUUUAACUUAUGAGAUUUGUAAGAAUUUAUUAGCGCAUGAAAAAAAAGAAAGCGGGUGUUUAAGCUCUCGUAAAGAAGCUCUGAUACACAUGGGAGCCGCCUGCGGGGGUGAAGUUGUAGCAGCCUUUGUUCAUGUUCCCACAGAACUUAUCAAGCAAAACGCCCAAGUUGUCUUGUUUAAAAGGGAGACUUUAACUUUUCAAGCUCGUUCUAGUGAACAGAAUAUACCGCUAAUAGUGAAAACCAUUAUAAAUCGUAAUGGUUUUUUAGGGCUAUGCUUUUGCGCGACUCUUCUCCGCGAAGUGCCUUUUGCCAUCACACAAUUUCCGCUGUACGAGUAUUUUAAAAGCCGUCUUCCUAGUAAAUUGGGUAAACCCUUAAGCUCGUUGGAAUCCGCUGCUUGUGGUUCUUUGGCUGGAGCAAUAGCGGCUGUAGCUACCAAUCCGUUAGACGUUAUCAAAACUAGAAUAAUGCUAGGCGAGGAUUUGAAAGGCUGUGAGUAUAAGAGCUGGAGUGAUACCGUCAAGCGUGUAUAUCGCAGUGAGGGCGCAUCAGUUUUUUUCAACGGAUUGCUACCCAGAACAGUUUGGAUCUCGCUAGGCGGUUUCAUUUUUUUUGGCAUCUAUGAAAAAAUGCUUUGCGUGCUUUAA